UGUGGUGAGCCUCUGAUCAAUUCACAAUGUUUACAGCCGUUCCGCGCAUUUAGUCGGCUAUCUAUGCAAACAACUUGGGCGGUUAGCAAACAAGCAGGCACAAAGGACUGUUUGGUGACCAAGCAGAAUCUUCAUUUUGGCAAGGCCGCUACGAAGCGGCUGUACGAUAUAGUUUGCUUCAAAAUGAUGAUUAGAGUGCAAAGCCCUGAUGGGCAAAAGCGUGUCGAGCUCGACCGCGGAGAUACAAGCGAUGUACUUCUGGCAAAGGUUCGAGUUGUUUGUGGUUACACUAGUUGUGAUGUAUAUCUAACGCGGGACCUCACCAAGCGAAUACAGGCGAACGGUCGAAGUUUGGAAUCGCUAGGGUUGCACCAUGGCGACCUUGUCUAUGUGCGAGUCACUCAACAACAGUCGGAUGAAAAGAUGGACCUUGGUCAUCAAGAUGGCGGCCCAAUAGCAAACGGUAAAAACGGAAUCAGCAAUAUUAGCCCGUUCCAGAGUAGCUCCAGUGCGCCCAUGUCGCAGAGGUCUGAGAUUGAGGAAGACGAAGUAGAUCGAAUUCUAGCGAAGAUGGAUGGCAGAAUUGCACAGGCUCGUGGCCCGCUAUGCAGGCACAACGAGGGUGGCAAGUGCGUCCAUUGUAUACCGCGUGAGCCUUAUGAUGAAACCUAUCUUGCCGAAAAAAAGAUUAAACAUUUGUCGUUCCAUUCCUAUCUCAAGAAGUUAACCAGCGGAGCCGAUAAAGGAAAAUUCGCCAACCUUGAAAAUAUCUCAUGCAAAAUUAAACCCGACUGUGCCGCACAUCCGCCGUGGCCCAAAGGCAUUUGUUCAAAUUGCCAGCCUACAGCUUUAACAUUGAAUCUCCAGAAGUAUCGUCAUGUCGAUUGCGUCAUGUUCGAAAAUCGACAGAUAGUCGAUCGCUUUCUUGAUUUCUGGCGCCGUUCGUCCUUCCAACGGUGUGGCAUUCUUUUUGGCCGAUAUGAAACGCACGCUGACGUACCACUAGGUAUCCGAGCGGUUGUAGCUGCAAUUUACGAGCCUCCACAGCACUGCGCAAGAGAUCAGUUCGAGCUCCUUGAUGAUCCUAACGAGGGGGCUGUUGAUGAGCUCGCAGCUAAGCUUGGUUUGAGACGAGUAGGCUGGAUAUUUUGCGAUCUGCUGCCUUUGGAUACUCAAACAGGCACGGUACGGUAUUUACGCAGCACCCACUUCAGUUACUUGCUGUCAGCACAGGAGUGUAUAACUGCGGCCGCAUUUCAGAACAAAUAUCCUAACCCGUGUAGGCUUUCAACAAACGGCUACUUUGGAUCAAAGUUUGUCACCGUAUGUGUUACUGGCGACGAACAAAGUCGAAUUCACAUGGAGGGCUAUCAGGUGUCCAAUCAAUGCAUGGCCUUGGUAAGGGAUAACUGUUUGUUACCGACACAAGACGCACCCGAGCUUGCUUGGGUCAGGGAGUCAUCUAACGAGCAAUACGUUCCUGACGUUUUCUAUACGGCAAAAGACCAAUACGGCAACGAGGUUAAAAAUCAUGCGCGUCCGUUGCCCGUUGAAUAUCUGCUAGUCGAUGUUCCUGUAAGCUCGCCGAACGAGCCCAUAAACACAUUUCGGAGUGAGGGUCCUCAAUUUCCUGUAGAGAAUCGUGGUAUGGUGAAUCAGAUCCAAGAUCUGACAUCGGUUAAUCAAUAUCUACGAAACUUCACAGCCAACAAGGAUUUACUUUCGGCUGCCAGGGAUUUCCAUUUUCUAUUGUACAUCUCUACGCUAGACGUGGUUCGUAUUCCCCUCGACGGUUUACUAGAAGCCGUUCGCAAAAAGGACGCUAAUGCCUGUGGAAAUUGGGCAUCGCGCUGUGAUCAGUGGCAGACGUUUGAGACCAUUCUCAGCUCAAUGGGCAAUCCUGACACUGAUAUGGUAAACGCCGGCGGUUCGGGAGCAUCAGCAUCCUCAGCAAAGGACGGCGGUGCGAGCUGGAACUGCGCACAUUGCACAUUUGCGAACGUUGCGUCUCUGUCGACCUGUGAAAUUUGCUCGUUGCCUAGAAGUUGAGGUCUUUUGUUGGGAGCCUUAAAUUAUAAAAAAGGACUGCCACAAGCAGACGAGGUAGCCUCUUCAAGAUCAUCAAUAAUAAUGGAUAGGGGAAGAAACAACGGUGUAUGAAAGUAAAGAUACAGUCGUAGUGUGCGUGUUGGAAAAAUAGAAAACUUACUAUCAUGAAUAAUGUAAUAAACACAAAACUACCCAUGUGAUGUUUAUAACGAAAGUGUCUCUUUUAACGUAAACGCUUGGAUGCAGUUUAUUUUGAUUUCAAAUGACGUUUGCAUAAAAACGUGUUCUUUACAGGUAUUCCUGUGAGUAUUCUCAUGACAUGAAAUUCAACUUCGACAAAGUAGUUUUUCAAGUGCUAGAAAGCCUUUAGCACUGCUAUCAUCUAAAAAAGCUAAAACCGCUUCGUUAUUUUAUAAACAGAAAAAUAGUAAUUUGUAGUUCCUUCUAGUUUGUAGAAUUUGAAUCCCUCCUAAAUCCGAAAAUUCAUCUAAGAAGUAAUCUUACGAUAGCUUAAUGUCGUCUAGGGUACGCUAUAAUUAUUUAGCUGUGCUAGAGAUAGUUCCAUGUCUCAUAAUUGUAUUCCGCAUAAAGAGCCAUCAUGAAUUCUCUCUAUACCCUGUAGCAAUGAUAUUUUCCCUGGAUUUAGAAAUCUAUGAGAACAGUGUAGGACAUCAUGAACGCUUGCCCUGUAUCAUUUAAGUGAAUUGAGAAAAAGCCUACAUUAGGCUUAUAUUACGAAGCCACUUUUGAUAAAUGGAUAAGUUGUUGCAUUGCUUUAUUACUUUAGAUGCGGUAAAGAAUAGCGUUCGUAAAAUGCUUACUUUGAUGACAUAUUGCCCGAUAGGUCGUCACCGUUUAAAAUCACUUUUAUUUCAAAAACUAUUAGUAGCCAAAUCGAAUCUCUCAGUUUGAUAUUAUGCUAGUUGUGCGGUGAUGUAAAGACGAGUGCUUUGAAUUAAUUUAAAUGGUUUUCAAAAGGCUUCUUUGACUCGAGGUGAACCUUUGAAGUUCGUUUGGAUUGCUUAGAUCGGAGUCUGUGCUAUUACGAUCGCAUUCGCAUUGCUUGAAAAUUAGAAGCGUUAGAAGGUGCUGAAUUAGAGCUGACGUGUGUAACGAAAUUGCAUUUAAAGUGUAACACAUUCUCAUCGUCUUAUCACAGAAAUUCAAAAACUUUUCUAGCAGUAUACUUCGUAAAUAUUCUCAAACGGGGACUCCAAACUGCCUUCAAUUAUACGUCUGAGGCUACAUGGUUAGUAAAGCAAAAUAUAGAUCUAGCGUGCUCAGGUGCCCAUAUUAAUUUUAGCGUGUUCAUGUCGCACACAUAUACCUGAUAGUUAGGCUUAAUCUUUUUUGAAUGGCCAUUUGCAUUGUGAUAUCUGCAGAAAUUACUUCGUUGUAACGUGAAAAGCAGUUCUAAAAUUUCUACAGUGUUUGUUGGCAGUACCCAUGAUGUGGUAACCGUGAAUAACUUAUAAGAUGCCAGAUAUUUAACUCGUGUCUCCUUUGUAUAUUCUACAUCUGUGUUUUUCAUUAGAGUUUUCUGUAAAUACUUAAAUUCAGGUUUAUUAGAAAUAGAUACGUGCAUAUAAAGUGAAUUUGUUAAACCUAUCUGUUUAAUAAAAU